AUGAAGGGCUUUGCUAUGAUUAAGGUUGGCGAGACGGGGUGGAUUGAGAAGCCACGCCCGGAAUGUGGACCUAUGGACGCGAUCCUACGUCCAUUGGCCGUCUCGCCUUGCACCUCAGACACACACACAGUCUGGAAAGGAUCUAUCGGAGAAAGGCACAACCUGGUGCUUGGUCACGAGGGCUGUGGUGUUGUUGAUGAGGUUGGUUCACAAGUCAAAGAUUUUAAAGUCGGCGAUCGCGUGAUGGUCACGGCCAUUACACCUGACUGGUGCUCCGUAGAGGCACAAGGCGGCUACCCGAUGCAUUCAGGCGGCAUGCUUGGAGGCUGGAAGUUCUCGAAUGUGAAGGAUGGAUUUUUCGCGGAAUUUGUUCAUGUAAAUGAGGCGGAUGCGAACCUGGCCCAUCUGCCUAAGAACAUCUCGACGGCCGAGGCCUGCAUGCUCUCAGAUAUGGUGCCGACAGGCUUCCACGGUGUCGAGCUAGCAGACGUCCAAUUUGGUGACAAGGUCUUGGUUGUCGGUAUCGGACCAGUAGGACUCAUGUCGGUCGCAGCCUGUAAGCUUCGGGGUGCAUCGCAGAUUAUUGCUGUUGGAUCGCGUCCGGUGUGCCGACAAGCGGCCAAGUACUACGGAGCGACUGACAUUAUCACGUACAAAGAGGGUCCAAUCGAUAAGCAUGUUUUGGACCUGACAAACGGUGAGGGUGUCGACAAAGCCGUCAUUGCAGGAGGCGGUGUUGACACGUUCGAUCCUGUCAUCAAGUGCCUUAAACCAGGCGGCAAGAUCGGCAACGUGAAUUAUCUCGGAGAGGGUGAUUAUGUGAACAUCCCAAGAGUUGAGUGGGGUGUCGGUAUGGGACACAAGCAGAUUAAUGGAGGAUUAAUGCCCGGAGGUAGGCGUCGUAUUGAGAAGCUUGCAGACUUGAUCACGUAUGGCAGACUGGACGUGAAGCCGCUGUUGACGCACCGGUUCGACGGCUUUGAGCAUAUGGAGGACGCCUUGAUGUUGAUGAGGAACAAGGCGGACGACCUUAUCAAGCCAGUUGUAGUAUUUUCAGAGUAA